AUGACCAACCCCGGCGCCGUGGCCGUGUGCAACGCGGAGAUCCAGCCCUUGAUCGCGAGGGUCUUAGACACAGCUUUUCAUUUCGAUGUAGAGACUGGGUCUCUAGUAUUUCAUAAUCAUAUACAUUUAAUUAAUUGGGUAUUUAUAAAGUCAUGGGUGUAUUUGAGAGAUAGUCUAGUUGUAUUGAAUUGUACUUACAGAUACAUUUUUUUUCUUCUGCAUAUUAGUUUAACUUGA